AUGUCGAGAGCAGUGAGAGCGAUUUUUUACCUUCUUCUGAAUCUCUCGUUUCCUCAUGAGUCAGAAACAACGGUCAAUGACACCAUCCGCCUGUACCGGGACUUGAUUGAGCCAUACAGCAACAGAAUCCGGCCAUUGAAGAACCAAUCAAAGCCUGUGAUUGUUCACCUUCAAUUUUGCUUUCGCAACAUUUUGAACGUAGAUGAAGUGACACAGCAAGUGCAUUUGAAUGCGUGGGUUAACUUUUCUUGGGUGGAUGAGCUUCGAACCUGGGACCCCACAGACUAUGACGGAGUGUCUGUCAUUCACCCAAACAUCGACGACGUCUGGCUCCCGCGUGUUCAAGUACCAAACUCCUUGGGAAGACGUGACCUGUUCCAGGAACACUUUGCCAUGUUCGCCAUCUUUUCCAACGGAGAGUCAAGAUGGUUUCCAGGAGCUGUCUUCUCGAUACCAUGUGGUUUUGACAUGAAGUUCUUCCCCUUUGAUCUCCAGACCUGCCAGAUCCUAUUCAUGGCGAACGAAUACGCUACUGAGAUAUAUUUUGUGAUGGACCAGACCAAGGCCCUAGUUGAGGAUUAUCAGGCUAGUGGAGAGUGGGACGUUGUCAGCUCGGACAUGUGGGUAGAAGUGAGUGAAAAGACUGGGGAAAAAAUCCUAACUUUUACGGUGAAAUUUGAUUUAAAGCGACGGUCUUCCUUCUUCGUUCUUAACGUCCUGGUCCCUACAAUGUUCAUAUCCGCACUUUCUUCCACGGUUUUCAUCCUCCCAGAAGACAGUGGUGAGAGGGCCUCUUUCGCAGUCACCAUACUCAUGUCUCUUUCUGUAUUUUUGAGCAUUGUCUCCGGCGAGCUACCCCAAAACUCGAAUGACUUUCCUUUAAUCUUUACCUACCUGUUCUCUCUGUUGACUCAUAGUGGUGUUACAGUUCUAGCUACCGUAAUACAACUACGGUAUAUCCAAACUAAAAAAGCAGCAACAGAUUCGUGUUCCAACUCUGAUGCGGUGACCAAAAGCGUGAAAUGCUCGAUGUGUGAUGAUCAGUCGAAGCUGGCGAGUAAAGAACGCCAGCAUGAAGAGCUCUCAUCUCCCCAAGAACAGCCGCCAGCAGGACAGAGUCUCCACAAGAACCAAUCAUCACCAGAAAAAGUAUCGUUCUCUUGUGAUCGGAACUUUGCGACGCCGGAUAACAUCAGGCCUGGAACGAUCCCAUUCAUUUCAACAGACGUCGCGCUAAAUAAACCCACGGUUCCGGUCGUCGUAGGUCCCAAAUCCCCGAAAUGUUCUCACAACACAGGGAAUGAUGACGUGAACAGUGAAAGCUGUCGUGGGGUACGUUCCUUCCUGAUGCCGCGACUGGCGGACAUCAACACAGUGUUAUUUCUCUCUGCUAAUGUCUUAUGGGCAGUUUUGACAGUUUACUUUUUGGGCCAACUGUUUUGA